AUAUAUAAUUUUUAGGAAUGCAGGGUUUGUCAACAAGAGUCUGACAAAAUGAACCAUACCGACGGAAAAUCAAUUAUAAAUCAAAUAAAGGUGGCGCGCACAUCGAUAACACUCUACACUUUCACUGUUCUACGCGCGCUUGUUACACACACUCCAUCGCUUCCCCUUUCCUCCCACACAAACAAGCUUUCAAGAAUUCUACAUUUUGAGCGCAAUGACCACGCCGACACCGGAAGCAGUCGCAACCUUCAUGCGAAUCACCGGAGCCACGGAGUUUGUCGCCGUUCAGAAAUUAGAGGAAUAUGGAGGCAAUCUAAACGAAGCUGUGAAUGCGCACUUUAUCGAAGGAAACAGGCUCAUCCAGGAGCAAAAUCCUGUUGCUACUACUGCAACCCCGCAUUACUAUUACUCUGAAGCAAAUAAUCAAAACAACCAAAACCGUGCCGGGUCACGUGGAAUUUUGCCUCUGUUGAAUGCUGCUAGAAGAUUUAGACCUUCACUACUGCUUGACUCAAACUAUAGGAGAGAACUUAGAGAUCUAUGUAAUGGGUUGGGUACUACUACGAUUUCGAGUAGUGCAUCGCCUCGUGGUUCCCCUCAAGGAGAGGUGCUGGGAGUUCCCACAGGGAUCAAUAGUCCACAUGUGUCACCUUAUCAACCAGGAUUGAGCCAUGAAGAUGCUUACAGGAAUGGAAAUUUAUCGUCUCAUAGUCAGGGAUAUUAUGGACCAGAUGAUUAUCAGAAUACUUCAAAUGUUCGUGAUCAAGAUGCAGAGGAAGCAAUGAUUCAAGCUGCAAUAGAAGCCUCGAAGAAAGAGAGUAGAGAGCGCUCUUCAUCGAAUGCUUCUAACGAUUUGUCCGACAAUGGGCUUCCUCAAAGUAAUUUUCAUCUCGAAGAUGAUGAUUUGGCUAAUGUUAUAUCAUUGUCCUUACAGACUGCAGAGCAAGAGGAAGCAAUACGUGAGCUUCGUGUGAAACAACUUCGUGAUUUAUUAGCCGAGGGAGACAAGACCAACACCAGCAGAAUCAGACCAGAGUGGGGUGGUAUUUCUUCCGACGAGCUCAAUGAAGCAUUGCUGAUUGAAACUGCAUUUUUUAGUGAAAUUCCCAAUCACAAUUCUCACAAAUUUUCAUCUUUGCCUGACCUGCAACAUAGUUCAGAAAAACAAGCAGAUCCCAAGAGGCAGUGUUCAUCCAGUUCAGCAUCUCAAUUAUUGUCCGAGACUCAAUUGCUAAGAAAACAACAGGAUGCUGACUAUUUAGUGUCACUACUAGUUGAUAGACAGAAAGAAUUGAAUUCUCUCAAAAAAGCUGAAACCUAUUCUUCAAAGGAAGAAGAAUCACACAAAAAGAUGCUUGAAAGAACGGAAUUGGAGAAAAUACUUGAUACAAAAAAUAUUAUGCUUGCAAAUGAACCGCCAUUAGGUGAUGGAAAAGCAAUUACUAUAGUUGUGCGAAUGCCGGACGGUGGUCGUUGUGAACGACGCUUCUUCAAAACUGACAAGCUUCAGCUUCUUUUUGAUUUCAUAGACAUUUAUGGAGCAGUGAAGCCCGGCACGUAUAGAGUUGUGAGUGUUUCUUGUCCUAUCCAAUUGAUUUAUGGAUUAAACAUUUAUGUUAUUUUACGACGACAUGGCAUUGCAAAAGGUGUUGUUCAGCAGUGGCAUAAUCUGUUGUCAAGUGUUUGUUUUCAACACAAUUGUAUAUGAUUUUGGUAUCUUCUUGGAGACUAUUAUCUUGGUCAUUGAUUAUAUUUGACUGAGAUGCAUAAUUGAUCAACUAUCACUGCUUGUCUAUUUCAACAGGUAAAAUCGUAUCCGCGGCGUGCAUAUAGUAUUAAUGAUAGUUCAGCUACUUUGAAUGAAGUAGGCCUUAACAACAAGAAUGAGGCUUUGUUUCUGGAGUUGAUUUAGUGUUCCUAUUUUCUAUUUCGUAUCCUAUGUUCCUUAAUUAGAACCCAGAAAAUUAUCAGGGUGUGCACCUUUUUUGAGGGACAAACAUUAUCUUUGAAACAGAUGAUAUUUGUUGAACACAACAGGGCUGUUGUUGUCCUUGUCUGUACAGUUCUCGCUACUUGUCAAUUAUUAUAUUUGAGUUCGAAAGAA